AUGGAGGCCACUUUUAACGACAAGACUCAGCAGAGCGGAAGCGCCGCCGACAUCGUCGAGCAGGACGCCCAGCGCCGUCUGGACAAUGCCUCCAAGUCGGUCACAGGCGAGCCCCAGGUGGGCGGCAGCGCCGGCCGAGCGCAGAUCUCCGAGACCGACCCUAAGGCACACGACAACACCACUGGAGGGCCCGGUUCGGAGGGAAACAAGCCCAUCCAGGACCCCGUCGUCUAA